AUGGCCGACCACGAUACACCAAGCUGCCCAUUUUGCCCGUUCACUGAUUCGGAUGCCACGUUUGUCUCAGCGCAUAUCGAUUACUGUCAUCCCGAGGCUGCUGCCGGCUCAGCCGUCCAGGAUUCAGACGCCCUCGAUGCCAGUCUAUCGCCAUUAUCGCCACCUGUAGAGGAUGCCACAGAUAAAUAUGUGGACUGUCCUCAAGGCUGUGGAGAAAUAGUCACGGCCGCUGAACUCUCGAAUCAUCUGGACUUGCAUAUCGCAGAAGGGAUGGCGCUGGAUGACGAUGGCGCUGGCCAGAGUCUCUUUCCGGAAAAUCUAGUCUCCAGCGAACACGACCUCUCAGACGAGGACGAAUCGUUAGCCCCCGCGGAGACUCGAAAGGGCGGCAAGCGAAGCAACGAUCGAUGGUUGGCCAAAGCGGGUUCCUCUAAGUCAGGCCGUGCGCGGAGUCCCUCAAGUACAGUGGGCCCAGAUGGCGCGAAGAGGCUCGGACGCGCCGAGCUGGGCCCUCAUGCGCAUGAGAAGAAUAUGCCUUCGUGGCUAAAGAAGAUGCUGGAGAAAGGUGGUCGAACCACAAAACAAACCCAGAUCACACCGGAUGGGAAGCUCGCAAGACACUCGCGAGUCGAGAAUGAGACAGAACACCUCAUACCAGUCAUUGCGAAUCUCUGCGAGCAAGACAAGUCUGUUGAACGCGCUUUUCUUUGUAGCCCCAUGGUCCGCCACGUCUGCAAAAUGCCUCGCGAGGGCGGGUUCUGUGGCUAUCGCAAUAUACAAAUGCUAAUUUCUUACGUUACGAAAGCUCGAGCUCCAGGCCAUGAACAUUUUCCGAGGGGUGUCCCCACGAUCCUCGAGAUACAAGAUAUGAUCGAGCAAGCCUGGGAUAUGGGAUUCAACAGCACUGGAAGAACCGAAACUGGAGGAAUCAAAGGCACUCGAAAAUUCAUCGGAACACCCGAGGUGGAGCUCUCCAGACAAAGAAUUGGAUAUUUGCUGACCAUCGCACAGGCACAAGCUCUCUUUAUGAGUCUUGGUAUCCACUGUGACGCGAGUAGCUUGGCAGAGUCAAAAGACAUGCGAGCCUGCGACGCCCUGUAUAUUGAUGUAGCUGCCUAUUUCCGAGCAGUAUGUUCGCUCGAUGCCACGGAGAAGGUUUUCAAGACCGAUCUGCCGCCAAUAUACUUCCAACACCAAGGCCAUUCAAUGACUAUCGUGGGCUUUGAGAUUCGCGAUAACGGCAGUGCCAAUCUGCUGGUUUUCGAUCCGAUGUUCAAGACGUCUCCUGGAGUCCAGCGUCUCAUCGGGUCAUCAGCCAGGUCUGACAACCCGGCUCGUCUACUCAAAGCUUACCGGCGGGGAUCUUCUUAUUUGCAAAAGUACAAACUUUUCGAGCUCCUCAAGUAA